GGGAAGAAAAGCACAGGGCAACUUUCAAAGGGGAGGCUUCCCAAAAGCAACGCUUGGCUUGGGCUUCCCACAAAAUCCACCACCUGUGGUUCCGCUGUCAGCAUCUAAGAUCAGCUACCCCUGUUUCAUGGCGUUUCCAUCGCUAAAUGCCAAUGCCCUCCUCAUUUAGCGCCCUCCUCCCACUGUUAAUUCAUCGAUCUGCUUAAUUGACUGCGUGUUGGUUGGGGAGAGAUCGGGUAGUGGGUGUUGCUUUGCUUCCCUUCAACUUUAACUCAGUGUGUGCGUGCCUAAUUCUGCGAGUGACAGAAACAGAGAGAUGGAAAAGUUGUGGGGGUUGAACCACCUGUUCAUGACGGUGUUUCUGCACAAUUUCUCCACUUUCAUGGUGAUUCCGGCCAUUACCGAUGUUACCAUGUCGGCGCUCUGCCCCGGAAAAGACGAGUGCUCGCUGGCCAUUUACCUCACCGGAUUUCAACAAGCAGUGAUAGGGUUGGGGACGUUGGUGAUGAUGCCACUGGUGGGGAACCUGUCCGACGUCUACGGCAGGAAAGCUCUGCUCAUGCUCCCUUUGACCCUCACCAUUUUCCCCCUAGGAAUACUAGCAUACAGCAGGACAACGAAUUUCUUCUACGCCUACUAUGUGUUCAGAACCAUCACCGCCAUGGUUUGUGAAGGAAGUGUCCAUUGCCUUGCCCUAGCCUAUGUGGCGGACAAUAUACCGGAGACGCGUCGAGCGUCGGCGUUCGGGAUCUUAUCGGGCAUCGGAUCAUCGGCGUUUGUCUGCGGAACCCUCUCUACUCGUUUCCUCUCUACUUCGUCCACCUUCCAGGUAGCUGCAUCUGUGGCGUCGAUAGCGGUGGUCUACAUGAGGGUUUUCCUGCCGGAAUCCAUUGCAAACGACGACGUUUCUUCCUCCCGCCCACUCCUAAAACAGAAGCAUGACAGUGAUUGUUCGGAUGGGGACUCGUCUCGAAACCCGCAGCUGUUCAGAACAAUGCCUUCUCUGGAUGAUACUAUUUCCUUGUUGAAGAGUAGUGUGACAUUUUCACAAGCAGCCAUAGUUGCCUUCUUCAAUAACCUUGGGGAUGUUGGCCUUCAUACUUCAUUACUGUACUACCUUAAGGCCCGUUUCCACUUUAAUAAAGAUCAGUUUGCUGACUUAAUGGUGAUUUCUGGGAUUGCGGGGACUAUAUCACAGCUGCUUCUUAUGCCCAUGCUGGUUCCUGUUUUGGGAGAGGAAAAGCUUCUUUCUAUAGGAGUGCUUUUUAGCUUUGCACAUAUGUUUCUUUACAGCAUUGCUUGGUCCUUCUGGGUUCCUUAUGCUGCUGCUAUGUUCUCAAUUUUGAUGGUUUUCUCGCAUCCAUGUAUACGUAGCAUCGUAUCCAAGCAAGUUGGGCCCAGUGAGCAGGGAAAGGCUCAAGGGUGCAUUUCGGGCAUAUGUUCCUUCGCCAAUGUUAUUUCUCCCUUGGCUUUCUCCCCACUAACAGCUUUAUUCCUGUCUGAAAGAGCACCCUUUCAUUUCCCUGGUUUCAGUAUUAUGUGUGCUGGAUUUGCUUCGAUGAUAGCAUUCCUGCAGACAAUUAGGAUAAGAGCAGUUCCUCCCAUUCCAAUUCACAAAGCCAGCAACUGCAAUGGCAUGGAGGCCUAGUUUCAUUCUAUGAUGUGAACAUCCGAACCAGAAUGGUUCCCUUUCAGUCUUUGUUCCAGCUCUAAGCGUUUAAACCUCGUGCUUCUAUAACUAUUUAAUGUAGAAAAUGGACGAUCUCCAUCUUGAGCCAAAAUGGUCAUCAAACACCCUUCUCUAUUAACAUCUAGCUGCUACUUGUUUCAAUCCAUUCGAGUGCAGUUAAAUGUUGUGGGUCGAUUUUGAUGGAAGAGGGAGAUGCUUUCUGUUUUCUGAAGGUUUCUUCUGGACAAGCGUGGUGCAGGAGACAUAUGCUGGAGACACCAGGGUGAUGAUAGUCUUUUUAAGUUUUUUCUUAUUACUUGAACUUUGUAAUUAUAGACUAGUUGGAAUGCUGAUAGCUGAGCCUUUGGAAGCUUGGUUAGGCAUAUAUUGUACAUAUUUUGUUAUGCUCUGUAAUAUUUAAAUUCUUGUAGCGUUUGUUUUUGUUA